ACAGUGUAGGCUGUCUGAUAACUCACAGGCUUUGAGCUGCCCUUAUAAAGUUGUUCCACUUCUGCAUACUUCCUCAUACUGCUAGUUUCUCAGUGAAGAUGAAGCUCCUCAUUUACAUAGUCUUGCUGAAGUCAACUCUCCUUGCUUUGACAAAUGUUUUUGCAGUUAUUUUAGAAGAAGAAGAGAAUGCUAAAGAAGCAAAACUUACUGAGACUUGUGCCAUAAAACUCAAAACUAAUCGGAAAUGUGAUGAAGGAGAGGAUUGUCCUUAUCAGAUAAAUUUGCCUCCGAUGACCAUCCAGAUACCCAAAGAAUUCAAACUGCUUGAGAAGACUCUCAAAGAAGUACAGACCCUUAAAGAAUCAGUAAACAAGCUGAAAAAAUGCUGCCAAGAUUGCAAGCUGCAAGCAGAUGACAACCAGGAAAGAGACAGAAGUAAUGAAUUCCUGCUACCCAACACUGCAGAAAACAGUGAAAGCCAAGAUAACAGAGUACAGGAACUGCAAAGCAAAGUUAACAGAAUGGCAACCAGCUUAAAAAAUGCAAAGAGCCAGAUUCAGACACUGCAGGGUCGUUUAGAGAAGCUGAGCCUCAUAAACAUGAACAAUGUGGAACAUUAUGUUGACAGCAAAGUUGCAAAUUUGACAUUUGCUGUGAACAACCUGGAUAACAAAUGUUCUUCUAAGUGUCCAGCAAUGCAAGCAAGACCUGUUAUACAAAUAAUGCAGAGAGACUGUGCUGACCAUUACACAGCAGGGAGAAGGAGUAAUGGAAUCUACAGGAUUAGCCCUGAUCCCAGAAACGAGAGCUUUGAAGUUUACUGUGACAUGCAAACACAAGGAGGCGGCUGGACAGUGCUGCAACGGCGUCAGGAUGGCAGCACCAACUUCAACAGAACCUGGAAUGACUACAAACAGGGCUUUGGAAACCUCAGCAGGGAGUUCUGGCUAGGCAAUGACAAAAUUCACCUCCUGACAAGGAGCCAGGAAAUGCAACUGAGAAUUGAUCUGGAAGAUUUCAAUGGGAUCAGAGAAUAUGCCAAAUAUGACCACUUCUACGUGGCCAACGAGUACCUCAAGUACCGUCUCAGCGUCCACGGCUACAGCGGCACAGCAGGAGAUGCUCUCCACUACAGCAGGCACUACAACCAUGACCAAAAGUUCUUUACAACCCCAGACAAGGACAAUGACAGGUACCCCUCAGGAAACUGUGGUGCCUACUACAGCUCUGGCUGGUGGUUUGAUGCCUGCUUGUCGGCCAAUCUCAAUGGCAAGUACUACCACAAGAAAUACAAAGGGGUUCGCAAUGGCAUUUUCUGGGGUACAUGGCAUGGAAUUUCGGAUGAUGUUCCCACUGGAUAUAGGCAAUCCUUUAAAUCAGUAAAGAUCAUGAUCAGACCCAAAAGUUUUGUGCAGUAAUUCUACACAUUUCUUUUAACUAGUUUGCAUUGGAUUGCACUCAAAAUCGUACUUACUCAGUAUUAUACUCAGAAAUCAUGUAUUCAGUUAUGUUUGGCAAAAGAUUGUUCUAGACAAAACAACAUACUUCCACAUAAUAUUUUUAGAGAUGGUUUGACCCAUAUAAUGUAUUAAAACCAGCAUUAAAAUAUGUGAAUAGUUAUUGCUGAAAUUUAACACCAGUUAUGUCUUGGUUUUGUUAUGUAAAUAUUCUAAACAUUGCUUUUGGUGCUUUUACUGACUGUGAUAUACCACAUUUUAUGAUUUAAAACUUUUAUAUUGUCUUGCACAAGUUGUGUCUGAAUGAAUACUUACAUUUUAACCUGAAAAUAAUUCAGAGGUGUAACUAAUAUAAAUUUGUCAACACUUGGAAAGAAACCUAGUUUCUCUAAAACAGUCAUUUUCUAUCAUCUCUAUCCUUCAUAACUUCAAAUAUAUACGACAACAAUAUCAAUAUAAAUUAGAAAAAAAUUAAAAAAUCAAAUUGUCAAAUAGUGCAGGAAUUUCGAAUUAGAGAUACUGUUAUUAAAUCUCACAUUGUAGAUAGUGAGCCCAAAUUUGACUGCACAUAUUUAGACCAUGUCUCUAUAAAGAUAGUGACCAACACUGAGUGGAGAUGCCACUUAUCUUAGCAAGAGGCUAUUUUACUAUCUUGCUUACAUCAAUCCUGAGAUGCAGAAAAACUACACUGAGACUCUCUUUCUUUAUCAACUAAGUGAGGUCAUUGUUGGCAUAGCUUUUUUGAUUAAAGGAGGCAUUAAAAAAAAGAAUACAAGUAUACAUCUGACCUAAUACUUUAUAAAUAGGAUUGCUACUGUUUUUUUAAGAUUACAACAAAACUAUUAUGGUUAUAAGUAAUGCAAAUGAAGAACACUGGCAAUAGCUAAAUUGUAAAAUAUUAAUAUAUAUUUUAAAGAAGUAAAUACUUGGAAGGAUAGUUCAAAUGUAAUUUGGUUUAUUAUAUUUCAAUUUUAAAGAUUAACGAAAAGUUUUAACUGCAAGAUGUAUAAUCUUUGCUUGAGAAUGUGUUUUAAACUAUAGAAUAUUUAUUUUGGGAUAAAAAAUAGUUGUCUAAACAAAACAAAAAAAGCUACUGAUGAAGUAUCGGUUAGAAGAGUAAAUAUCUAAUUGCAUAUGAUUACAUUUAAUCAUUUUGCAUGAAAUGCACAAUUUCUUCCUAUUCAUUAUAUGAUAAUUAUCUAAGGGUGACUUAUGGUAUCUACAAGAUUCCACUUGAAAAUGUCUUUUUCUACUAAGUUGUAAGAAGAGAAACUGUCCUUUCUAAAUAUUGUUUAAAAGAAACUUUGUAAAACACAGAAAUGUUAACAGAAUAAGCAAAAGUGACUAAAAUCACCUGCAAAAGCUUUGUCUCAUGUCUUAAAAAAAAAAAAAAAAAAGCAAAAAAAGAAAGUGUAAUGGUGUUACAGAAAUCUGAUUAUUACCUGCCUGGAACUGUUGUAGCUGAAUCUCUGUCAAUGUGCACUAGUUUUACAAGGUGUAACUCCAUCUACUUGUUGCAAACAUUAUUUUGUUUUGCUUGGUGUAAUAAAAUAAGAAUGUCCCACUGUUAAA